CUAAUUAGACCGUCAAUUUAAAUUAAAACGCUCGCAGAUCAUUCCCCGGACAGAAAGGAAACGGGGUGUGCAAUCGGAUCGGGUUUAUAAUAAACGUUUUUACAAUCCAUUUUCGCACAUAAUGGUUUAUGAAACAUCGUAUGAUACUGGGCUAAAGCCCUUCUCUCCAGAUCUAAAUCGAGGAAAUUGGGAAAACCCAACGGAUUUUUUAUUUGCCUGUUUUGGAUUAGCCAUGAAGCUGGAUAUAUUCGUGGCCUCGUAUUGGUUUUUCUUUGAUAUGGGCAUUUUUGCUAUGCUGCCUUACUUUGUGUACAUGGUGAUCUAUUUAGUGCCAAUCAUGGUCAUUCACUCCUUCAUGGGGCAGUUUUCCAGCAGUGGCUUCAUCUCCGCUUUUCGUCUAGCUCCGUUCUUUAAAGGAAUGGGAUAUGUGAGCGUCUUUCUUACCAUCUCCAUGCUUAUUUACUACAGCAUUUUUGCUGCUGUUCCGCUUCUCUUCAUGGUGAACUCUUUACGACCCACAUUGCCUUGGAGUUGUGAAGGAAUAGAGUCCUGGUACAAUGCUUCUUCAGCGCAAUUAACUACAUGCAACGCAUCAGCGCAUAAUAUAACUGUUGAUGAACCAAAGGAUGGCGAAAACGAUACACAUGCUUACAUAACAAUACUUCAUGUACCUUCCGUUCUUUUCUUUCAAAAUCACUUUGAAACUCUUCAGGAGGAUCGAUUUCCGGACUUAGAAGCCGACUAUGAGUUAUCCUGGCAUUUUGUGGGCCUCUUUGUUCUAGUUUGGGCAAUGAUUGCAUUCAUUUUUUAUUAUUUCACGGAGACUGCAAAGUUUGGAAAAUUUUUACGAUAUAUGGUUAUUGGAACAGUUGUUCUUCUCUUGGUGUGCUUCGUGCGUAUUCUCUUUCUUCCAGGAUCCCAUCUAGGGCUAAAGAGUUAUGUGACUCCGGGCGUACAGGAUUUGGCUAUGGGAGCAGCCUCUACAUUUAUCAUGGUUCUACAUGCAUUUGGGGCUGGCUGGGGUACUGUGAUAACUCUGUCCAGUUUCAAUGGGUUCAAGACCAACAUAAUGUCGUACAGUUGGAUUAUAUCCUUCGGACAGAUCUUUAUUUACAUCAUGUUUGGCCUGGUUACCUUCAUGCUCGAUCACUACUACGAUGAAUCUAUUGAAACUCCCUAUGAAAAACAUGUUGUGACUCAUUGGAUGUUGUAUUUGUCCAGUGCCUCUGCUUUGGCCACCAUGGGUUGGCCGAACCUGUGGACUUUUAUUUACUAUACAAUGCUACUAAUGGCAGCUCUUAUUGUGAUGACCACUCAAAUCUUUACUGUCUUACAAAGUUUAUUUGACGAGUUUGAUAGACUUAGAGAAAGAAAAAUGGAAGUAACAUUUGGCCUAAUUGGUGGCCUGGCUGUCUGUUCCUUUUUCUUUUGCACAAAUCAUGGUAUUAUCUUCUUUUCCGCCUUGAGUCUCGAUGUUAUCUUCACACACAGUGUGCUCCAUUUACUUCUCCUAUUGGUGGUUUUGUGGAUAUACGGGCGGGAACGUUUCCAGCGGGAUAUUGAGUUCAUGCUGGGGCUGCCGUUUGCCUCCUGGAAGGUUUUCAUACUCCGCUUCAUAGCUCCGAUUAUUUUAGUGAUUUGUCUGAUGAUUGGAUUGCUUGUGUGCACGAUGGAGCACACUUGGUCCGCAGUUGCGGUCGCCAUUAUAUCUAUUAUAAUGGUGGCGUUACCCAUUCUAUUCAUACCUGGCUACGGAUUUUACUACCUUUACCAGAGCAGCGGCACAUUUGGCGAACGCUUCAGGCGGACCUGUCGACCCACCGAUUGGUAUCCGGUUGAAAAGGAGCACCGCCAGCUGUACGAGGAAGCUGUAGGAAACACCGAGAUGACCCACCAGCUUUUCGAGGUUACUGAAGAGGUCAACUAAUGGCCCAGAAAAUUACCUAUGUACGAUACUAGAACUGUGGUAGUAACUGAAAUAUAUAUUUGAGCAAAAGUA